AUGUAUGCCGGCCGUGCCACGCAAUUUGCCAAAACCUUCAGCAGCAUGGCGUGCAGCAUUCAGAAGCAACCUACGCAGCCCGCACCAAUGGCGGCAGCAGCUGCUGCUGCAACAGUAACUACAGCAUCAACAACAACAGUAGCAGCAGCAGCAGCAGCAGCUACAUGCACAUCGAGUGGAGCCGGCACCGUGCCCUCAACACCCAAGACAACAAAAACAGCGGCCCAGCCACGUGGCUCAUUGCCGACGGAUGUGCAUGUUCAGCCGCCCCUAGAAUUUCAAUGGCCACCUCCGGUGCCCGUGUCCAGCCAUACGAGUAAUUUGCGUCUGAACAUGAUGAAUCAGGAUCCCAAGGACUUACAUACGGCACGCGCCAUUAUUGAGGAGCUGCGCUCAAAGGUCCGCUUCCAAACGGAGCACAUCAUGAAGUGGCGCAAAGCAUACGCAAUGCAGGUUCAGCAGCACUAUCGCUAUCAAAAGGAGAAAACGGAUCAGAUGAAUUCCUUAACCUCGCAGUUGCUGCUCCUUGAAUCGCGUCUGAAGCGCAAACAGAAGCAAAUCUCCAGUCUGCUCAACCACCGUGAGCUGACGAUUCAGCGGCAGCAGAAGAUCAUCGAUACGCUCUCGACACGACUCGUGGACCACGGCCUGGAGAGCAUUGAGGCUAGCUAUGCAAAUGAGUUGGACUCUCUGAAUGACUCCGAUUCGGCGGUGGUGCUGGAGGACAUUGACUCGGACACGAACAUGACUUUGGGCUCCCGGCGCAAGAAUAGCGGUGGCUGUGGGGGCUUGGGCAGCGAUGGCAUCACAAUAGUGCGCUCCAUAUCCGAUGCGAUUGAGACCAACCUGAAUAAGUAUGGCGCGGCUAGGCGGAAUAAUUGCUUUCUGCGUCGUCCGGACAUUUUGGAGACCGUGUAUUCGGUGGAGGAGGAUCCUGAACCCACAUCGGAUGUGGCCGAAAAGCGUGACAAGUUCAAAAAUCGUUCCGAUAAGGCGCUUAGUUCGAGUUCCACUGAGGGUCAAAUCGAUGCAGCAACAAUAACAUCAAUUGAGAAAGCCAAAGAGGUGUGCACGCCACGCCGCCAGCUGGGCGGCCUAAAGCGCUCCCCCAGCCACGAUUCGCCCUGCACCACGCUCAGCGUUAAGGUGCCACAACUACAGCCCAUGUCACCGACAGUGGCACCGGCAUCAUCACCGGACCCGGAGCCACACAACGGCAAGUCUCAGGUGACGAACUACAACCGAGUCAUGUCCAACCAUCGCUCGGUGACAAAGCCCAAGGACGUCAAGUACAAGCGCAUCAACAAGGCCAAGUCCAAAAGUCUGGAGGAGUUGCGCGGCAGGCUCAAGAACCUGGUGGAGCGUGGCAGUGGGGCGGCUGGUACUAUGGAUGCGGGCAAUGGCGCCCCUGCCUGCUAUGCGGCCAACAUGAUGCCACAAACGGCACAAUCGUACGCGUGA